UUUCUUGCUAAAAAGUCCAUCGGUUCACGGUCGCUGAGUACAUGCGUCCCAGGUGGCAGGUAGGCAUAGGUUGAUCCGCUGGAAAUGUAUUUUAGCUGGUGUAGCGGUCGUUGACAAUGUGUGAGCUCUCUGGAUAUGUCCGAUAAGCUUACUGUUAUUGUUGCGUGUGUGCACUUGAGUUUGAAGUUUGAGCAGGUCAGGUUCUGAUAGCGAACUCACACUUGAAACCAGAGUUCUAUGUGAAAUUUGGCAAGAAAAUGGGUCUGUGAGAUUCAUGAGACGAGAACCCUUCCACUCUCGCCGCCGUCAUUCGCCAGGUCCAACAUACUCCGUACACUGCAUCAUACUGACAAGCGGGCCCAAGGACAACCCCAGACCCACAAGCAGAGGCACAUGGCGUCCUUUAUAGCUAACGCCUUAGCUGCUGCCAAUUAACUGGCCGGAGUUGGACACGGUCGCGCCUCCUCUUCUAUAUACGACACGACGUCGUCUUCUCCGCCCGGUUCGGCCGACAGUUUGGAGCCAUGGCCGCACACGACCACCGCAGGAACCAGUCGUCGUCGUCGUGGAGGCGGGGCCGGCCGGCAGCGGCGAGCCCCGCCUGGUCGCAGCCGCUCUCCGCCGACAGCAACAGCAGCAGGGCCAAGUCCCUGUUCCGGUCCAUCGGCCUCUGGUUCAGCUCCCUCUCCACUUCCUCGUCGUCUCCCUCCUCCACCGCCGCCUCCAAGAAGAAGAAGAAGCGGCCCAAGCUGGCGCCGCCGCCGCCCGACGACGCCAUCAAGAAGCCACCAUCGUUCGGCUCCGGCGGGAGGCCGUGGAUCCGAGGCGCGGGGCUGCUGUCCAGCAGCAAACGGAGCGGCGGGACUGGGCAGCAGCAGAACCGGCCGUUCCAGUUCCAGAGCUCGGUGUUCAGCAUGGAUGAGAUCCUUAAAGCCACGAGCAACUUCUCCCCGGCUCUCAAGAUCGGGCAGGGCGGGUUCGGCGCCGUGUACAAGGGCUCCCUCCCCGACGGCCGGACGGUGGCCGUGAAGCGCGCGAAGCAGCGCGCCCAGAACCCUCACGUGGACGUUGAGUUCCGCAGCGAGGUCCACGUGAUGGCCCGCAUCGAGCACCAGUGCCUCGUCCGCUUCUUCGGCUUCCUCCAGUCCGGCGACGAGCGCGUCGUCGUCAUCGAGUUCGUCCCCAACGGCACCCUCCGCGACCACCUCGACCGCAGCCAUGGGAGGUUUCUGGAGUUCGGGUCGAGGCUGGACAUCGCGAUCGACGUGGCGCACGGGGUGAACUACCUGCACAAGUACUCGGACCACCCGAUAAUCCACCGGGACAUCAAGUCCUCCAACAUCCUCCUCACAUCCUCCCUCCGUGCAAAGGUCGCCGACUUCGGCUUCGCGAGGCUCGGCGCCGCCAACUUCGCGUCCCACGUGUCGACGCAGGUGAAGGGCACGGCGGGGUACCUGGACCCCGAGUACCUCAAGACGUGCACGCUGACGGACCGGAGCGACGUGUACAGCUUCGGGGUGCUGCUGGUAGAGCUCGUCUCCGGCCGCCGGCCCAUCGAGGCCAAGCGGGAGAUGAAGGAGCGGCUCACGGCCCGUUGGGCCAUGCAUAGGCUGGUGGAAGGCCGGGCCGCCGAGGAGGUGCUCGACCCGUGCUUGCUCAGGACGGCGGCGGCGGCCCAGGCGCUUGAGGCGGUUCUGGAGCUCGCGUUCCGGUGCCUGGGCCCUGUGAGGAGCGAGCGGCCAUCCAUGGAUGAUUGUUGCAGGGCGCUCUGGGCGGUCAGGAAGACGUAUCGGGAUAUGGUGGCGGUGUUGGCCGCGGCGGAUGGGUUCUCUGACCGGGCUAGCACCGCCGGCGCCAGCACCGCCGGCGCCGGCGACCUCUACAGAGUUUGAUCUCGUUUCAUUUGAUUUGAUGUCCGGCUUGCGUUUGCGUGCCUCCCGCGCGUGCACGUUGUUCACCGCUCAGCGGUGACUAGUUAAUUGGUUGUAUUUAAUCACCUGCCAAAGCUGAUUCGAUUUGAUUGUAAA